CACUCCUAGCCAAGCUCAAAAAGCGAGAAAAGCCGACUAAACCCGUUUGUUCGCCCGGGCUCCCCAAUACACAGGAGGACAGAUCGGAUUUACUGUCCCAACUAGAAAGUCCAGUUCCACCGACACAGGACGAGAUGACACAAGACUACGACAAGUAAGUGAACCUGGCUGAGAGUCCAGUAGAACCGGUGUGUUUAUCCUGAGCAGGGGAAUCCACUGAGUGCAAUCCGGGUUCCUCACCUGACACCCCUUCCACUCACUCCCACUCCCCAACCCACCUGCAUCAGCUGGCUUUUACAGAUCUGAAUUUUAUUUCUUGAUUUUCUUAUUAUGGGACUUGGGGUAGCCAGACUGGGAGCUGUUUGAUGUACAGAUUAAUUCCCCAUCUGGUUCCUGGAUCCCAGAUUGGGAUGGGUUUUUAUUUGUAUUUAUUGAUACUGAUUAACCCUGGAUGGGGUGCUGGAUUGUGGGGAUCUUUGUUUGGGAUGGGGCAAACCCUGCACCCUACUAUGGAACAGGUGCUAUUGCUGCACCUGUUACAGUCCCAAUAGCUCUCAGUCUGACACGGGCUGGGUUCCAUUACACAGUGUAUAGUGCUACAUUGUAUAACUGACUUUCUCAUCACCCUCAGCCAACUUGCUGAAAUUGGCGUAACUAUAGUAAACACUCUCCUUUAUGGAAGAUCGGUUUUGUUGGGGUUCGUUUUUUGUAUUGUGUGUGUGUGUUUUUUUUUUUUUUUUUAUGUAUGUAUGUUAUUUUGGACCUUGUUCUGUGAUCUGUCGCUAAUAACUAGAAAUCUCAGUAAACGCCCACCAGGCAGCAAGCCCUAUGCAAACAGGAUCACCUGAAGUUUCAUGUGACUUAUCCUGAGAAUAGGGGCUUCUUGUAUUCAGUAAAGGAGGGCAGGUGCAUUGAAAUGGCUCCUUAGUGGCAGUAUCGCUGCUCAGUGCAUACAAACUGUCUGUUAAAGGAUCCCUGGCGCGCUCACUGCGCUCUGUACAAUAGCUUACAGAGUGUGUUUGUAUAAGGCCUGUUAGUGAGUGUAUGAUCUGCUCUGUUAUAGAGAUAAAUGAGCCAAGCAUUGAAAUAAUGUAUACAUAGUAUAGUGUGAAAUGUGUGCAUGGAAAUAAUGUAUGUGUAUACCCAAUAGUGUAAAUAAGAGCCACAAUGUGGAAAUAACUGCUGUAUGGAAAUGUAUAUAAACUACAGUGAGAUUUCUUUUGUUUUGUUUUUUUAUAAAAAAAUUGUAAUUAAUUUUUAAUUUUUUUACAUCAACUGUUCCUUAUUGAUUUAAUUAGACAUACCCUCCUUGUUAUCUCACAGUAGGAGUCUAUGGCAGGGUGGUCAUGAGGUAGACCCCCCACCCCUAUGUGAACUACAAUUCUCAAGAUGCUUUAGACCGGCUAAGCAUGAUAGGAGUUGUAGUUAUGCAACAUCUGGAGUCUAUUUCUCAGCCAGCCUAGUCCUGUGACAUUUUCUUGGGGUUGCAGUAAAUUUCUAUUUGGGGACACAGGCUGAGAUGUAAUGUGAUACCUGUUAGGCGUUGGUCAGACUAAAAAGAAUAGAUUUAGCAUGAUUAUCUCUACUAGCUGUCAUUGCCCCCAAAUCCUUAGACACUAACAAACACUGGCUGGGAAGACAGGGAGUUUAUAUCCCUAAAGCUCCCCUCCAGCUGAGUGUUUACAUAGCCUUUUCUAAUGCAUGCUAUAACUGAAGCCAACAGCUUUCUUUUCCAUGCUGUGAGAUUAAAAAAGGUACAUAGUCUGUGAUGGAGACAGAGCAUUAACAAGGCAUCAUUAAGUCACAUGACACACCUAGUCUUUAUACUAAUGCCUUCAAUAUUUGAGGCUUAUUUACACAAAAUGGCUGUCUGCCUGUGAACACUACAUUAGAGGGGGGAACAAGGCUGCUUUUAUAAAAUGACUAAGUGGUUGUAAAUAAAUAUCUAAUGGGUUCUGACUGGUACAUCACAGCUUUGUAAUAAACAUCAAACACCAAAAAAAAACAAGCAAAAAUAAAAUAAAAAGGCAAACACUUCUUUUUUUCAUUCUCUCUCUCUCUUUUAGUCUUGCAACUGUCAGCUAAACAUUAUUGGCAACAUAAUUAUAGAGUAGCAGGUAAUUUGUCCUUUCUGAGCCAGCAGUGCAUUAGUCAGCAUACGUAUAUGUGGUAUUGACUGUGUUGGUAUUUAUGAUAGUACAUAGGGGUUUUGAAUGCGUGCAUAAUUUUUUUUUUUUUUUUGUAAAUUCAAAUUAAACUGGUCUUAUUGUGUUUUUUGUUUAUUAAACCAGGACACGUAGGGAAAUAAUAAGGAAAUCACAAAUCCUGCGAUUAUGUAGCCAAAUUGGAGUUUAAAAAAGAAAAUAAAAAAAAUCACUCUAAAUUAGCAACUUUUCCAGCUGUGCUCUUUUUUUGCCUAAAAUUUCUCCAUGAGCCUGGUUCAAUGAAUAAACUCAAAUGUUUCAUGCAAAUAGUUUCCCAAUUUUUUUUUUUUAUUUUCCUUUCCAGUUCAUUUUUUGUUAUUUUAACAUCAUAUUAAGCCAACAUUUCACAAUCUUCCUUCAAGUUGUGUGUGUGUGUGUGUUGGAAAUGAACUGAUGCCAAAUCAUGGAUGGCGUACUGUUCUGUAAAAUAUAAUUCUGGCUCCUUUCGUCCCUUUUUAAGACAGCAGAUUACCUUCCAGGCAUUUGUGCAUUUUUAACUGUAUGCUCCAAUGGGAGGGGCACUCUACAAGCACCUGUUGCUUUAAUAGUGUAUAAAACCUUACCUGUGGAAUAACACUAUUCUAAAAAGUAAAGUAGAACAGUAACUGACUGCUAAGGUGAUCACACUUUUGUCCCUGUUUUGCCACAAAGACUGAUUUCUUUAUGGUGUGUGUAUUUUCUAUACAAAUUUGCAUAUAUUACACAGACAAAUAAAAGCUAGUUAUCAAAAUUAUUAGAUGUUAUUCAUAUUAUCAGCGAUCUGAACAGGGACCCACCAAAGGGCAGGCUAAUUGAGCUGUUGUCCGUCCUCAGUACACUCUUGCAUCUUGCUUUUUGCUCUCCAUAAGUUUAAAGAGUAAUCCAGAUGUGGAACCCUUGCUCACAGUGCCUAGAGAGGUACCAUGCCUCACUAAUGGUGCCUAACAAGGUUGAAACGAUCAUCUGGGGUUGCUGUGUCUCUCGUGCAGAGAGAACUUGCUGGCAUUUUGGAUCUGGACUGCCUGUACGAGUGGGACCAGUCUGAUAUGCUUCAGCUAUGUUCCCUCUGUAAUGGCACAAGAUGAGCCAAAACCAGCUUGAGAUUUGAGCGGGGACCCACGGAAGGGCAGGCUAUUUUAGCUGCUGUCCGUUCUCAGUACUCUCUUGCGCCCUGCUUUUUGCUCUCCACUAGUUAUCAAAUGUAAUUAUUCAAGGAGGAAGCAAAUAAUAGGUUUAUUUUUAGAUUGAUGCCUGCCAUAUUGUUGCAUAACAAGAAUUAGGAAAUCUAGUUUUUUUCCCUAUAUUGUCACAGCCCAAUGGGGAAUACAUUUUUACAGAGGUGUAGGAUAUUUUUUUUUUUUUUUUAUUGCUUUUUAUAAAGGAUGUCAAGAAAAUUCACAGCAUUGACUUUUUUUUUUUUUAAUUUUCCAGUGACCUGUGACAGUCCUUGCCAUCAGUGAAUGGUCUACGCAAACCCUAGGCCAAAUUAAAAGGCUUUUCUUAUUAAUCUACAGCAGUUUUGUAAGGGACUACAGACCUUUUUAAAGUAGUUUCGCAUUCCAUGUCCGGGUAAUGUCUUUGCAUAAUAGAUUGUUACACUGACAUAGAAUAUCAUUGUUCCUUGGGAGGUUAGUUAACAACAAACAAAACACCAUUUAUUUAUAUAUUUUUUUGGCUCUCUAAGCCUAUGGAAUGCCUGUAUAAUUUUGUAUUUCACCCCCUCCCCGGUCUGUAUAUAUUGGACGUACAACUGAAAACCAGCAUUACAUCAGCAGUGCCCUGGGACAUUAAAUAUAGAACAAAACUUGCAUGUUUUUGCUAAGAUCACUUUCCUCGCAUGUAAGUUUAUGCCUUACAUUUCUUUGUUAUUCAUCAAUAGCUGUUGGGUUAUGUUGCUAUUGUGCUCACGGAGGUGGAAUGUGUUGUACGGGGUAGGGAGGUUGUGUAGCUACAAUCAGUUGGGCUUCAGAAUUGCAGCAGAUCAUGAGUGCAGUGUAAAAGGUCUGUUCACUAAAUGGUGAUUUAUAUAUUUGCAACAGCGUAAAAACAAAAUAAGUCCAAACAGCAAAUUGGAAAAUGUCCUAAUUUAAAGUACCAGUAGAACAAUAUGGUGGAAAAAAAGGUGGCUCCCCAGAUGUUGUUGAAUGACAACUCCCAUCAUUGUUGUAGAAUGUCAACUGCCUUUAGGCUGACAACAGUUGAGAAUCUACCUUUUUACCUAAACUUUGUUUGUUGUUUUUUAUGAAGCCAAGGAUGAUAAAAAAAAAAAGUGUCUCUUGCAGGGUUAACAGAGAGAGUUUGUCACCUUGCAAUAUCACUGGCCAUUGCCACUAUAUCUACAGCUGACAGUGUAGUGGCAGUGAUUUUGCUCAGCGUAAUAUUGGGAGAAUUGUCAGUGUUCUAGUCUAAAUAGUGGUACGAAAAAUAUAAAAAAGGAGGAAUCAGAAUGUAAUUGUUGGUUUCCAUGGUGAUUGACCCACUUACUACUUUUUAUAACAGAACACUUUUUGAUACAUUUCCCCCAUGGUGUCUACCGGUUGUUCUAGUAUACACUUGCAGACAGCAAAAGCUUUUUCAGAAUUUGCUGUUUAAAAAUAAUUAAUCUAAAAAUAUAUAUAUAUUCUAUAUCUGAGCGCAAUAUUUUCGGUUUACUAUCUUAUAGCAGCUCAGUGGAGCAGCCUGCCUUUUGGGUUAGCUCUUACUCUCCCAAUGCCCAAGUAAGCCGCCAUGUAAGCGAUUACAGAUAUGGUUUGUUUAUAUAAGGCAAUAAGGAAAGUCACCCGAGUGAUAACCCCUACAUUAAAUACUUAUUUUGAGAUUAAAAGCUUAUGUCUUUGGUUUUUUUUUAAAUUAGUUUGGCUACAUCUCCGCACGUUAUAAUUUUUCAUAUGUCAAGUGAUCCUUCUACAUAUACUAAUUUGUCUUCCAGAAUACUUGAUUAUGAAUGAGGCUAUCUUAAUUUUUGUAGUGUUGGUUAUUUGUUAGUGUUAGGAAAAUAUAUUAUUUUAGAAUGCAGCAUAUGAAUGCAAAAGUGUAUCGAUUUUCGAAUUUUCUUUUUUUUUUUUUUUAAUUGUUGGAAAAUUAUUAAAAUGACACAGUGACAAUACAUUGUUUAUUUAAAUCAUGUGUAAAUAUAGAACAUAUUCUUUUGUUAAAAGUACCUUUUCAUAUUUUUAUUACCUCCCUCCCCUCCGCUUUACUAAAAAUAAAUACAUUUUAUAUUGGAUAACGCAUUAUUUUCUGGUUUCUACCCGCAUACUUUUCUGGCAAAAAUUUAACAUUUGUGUUCUAAUUUCUUAUAGUCCUUUCAUUUGCAUGAUAAUCAAAAAUCUCAAAACAGUUGACCUGUGUAUGGUUUCACUGCUACCUCUGGGACUAUAAUUCACCAUACUAUGACUAAUGCUAAUCUUAUAACUGGGAGUGACUGAGAACUCUAUUGCAGUCAUUGCUGGAUUUGCGACAAUUAGACAAUUAUAUGCAACCCCCUCUACCACCAACACACUUAGAUUAGGAAUAAAAACACAGCAUGUGAGCAAAUUGGGGGAGUGUGUGUGUUUGUGUGUGUGUGUGUGUGUAUAAUAUAUAUUUGUACGAGAGUUUUAUUAGAAACAGCAUUUAACGGAGGUUAUGAAUGAUCCUCUGUGUUCAUUAUCGGCUAUCUAGAAGUUAAUUUAAUUUGUGUUAAAAAAUAGCGCUUCAGUUAUUUAAAUUGAAUGUAUCAAAUGCCUUUUACGUUCAAUUUAAAAAACAAAAAUUGUACUAGAAAACGUUUUGAGUAACUGUAACUGUUUUGUGUUUUGCAUGUACUGUAGUUUGAAAUUCUUGAUGGAUUUUAUAUUAAUUUCAUUAUCAGAGAACAACAUCUUUCAGUUGGCUGACUUUUAUUGUUCUGAGCACUGCUAUGUUUUUGAUGUGCUAAUUGGUUUAAGUGCAAUGCUUCAAUGGGACAAUAUCUGCAUGGAACUUUAGAAACUGUUAAACAUUUAAAAGGGAAUGGGUUUUUUUUUUCUCUCUCUCUCUCUCUCUCUCUCUCUCUCUCUCUCUCUCUCUCUCUCUCUCUCUCUCUCUCUCUCUCUCUCUCCCCCAUUUAACAUUUAGUAGCAUUCUUGUAUUGUUUUUUGUUUUUGUGUUUUUGUUUUUUUCUCUAACAAAUAAAAAUCAAAACUUGUAAGUAGCUACAGUAAUCGUAACUAAUUAGUUUUAAAAAUAACUAAAUAAAACACAUUAGUUUUAUAUACAUAGAAAUGAUUAGCUUCCAUGUAGCCAUAAUGAUUCCUACCUGCAAUGAUGGGAUUAGUUGUUUAAUAUUUAAUAUUAAACAUUAAGAACGGAUGCACAGGGGACUUCAGGCACCAUAACUACUUUAAUGAGAAAUGGCUAUGGUGUUUACAGUGUCUCUUUAAGCUAUAUUUGAUUAGUGCACUUUCAUACAUAGCUGUCAAUCUAUCGAAGAGAUGCUUACUCAUUGGAAAAAGUGCAUAGUUUACACACUAAAUGGUUUUAAAAAAAUAAAUAAAAAUUUAACAUUUUGUCAUGAAUUUUCCAUGGCUCUAUCUACUCUAUUUCUAAUAGGACUAAUAUGGUUGCCAUAGUAACAUUACCAGUUCCCCCAACCCUCCUUUUAUCCCCUCUUGGUUACAUUUCCACAUCUUUAGUAAAUUGUUUAUGUAUUGCUCUGAAUAAUGGGCUCUAGUUGUCAAACGAAUAGUAAAAAGUACAACUUCUUUCUUGUAGCAAAAGGCCUGUAUUAGUUCUCCAGAAUGAGGCAAUGUAUCAACAGAGGAGAUCCUACACUACUGAAGACGAGGCCUGGAAGUCUUUUCUAGAAAACCCACUGACUGCGGCCACCAAAGCCAUGAUGAGCAUCAAUGGAGACGAGGACAGUGCAGCAGCCCUGAGUCUUCUCUACGACUACUAUAAGGUGCUCAAGAUAAGGAACUGACGAUGAUACUGUAUCUGUUACAGAAAUAAUUGAUCAUUUUUGAAACCUUGGAUUUAGACAUGUCUGUAGACGUAAUUUAACACAAACACAAUAGAAUCGAAUGAGUCAUGGCUUUCAAAACACUUUGAAGGGUAGUAUUGGUAAUGCAUGCCUGGACUAGCAACCUUGGAAAAUAAAGGGUUAAACACCUGUCAAAGUAGAACAUCUGCUUCAUAGCAAAGAUGAUUGUGCAAUGCAUGUAAGGAUUUUAAAAAUGAAACCUUUUUUUCAAAUAUAUUUAAAAAAAAAAAAAAAAUCUUUUAAUGAAUGCUCCGUUAUAGUGGUUUAAACAAAAGAAAAAUCCCUGAUUUGCAUGUAGCAGUCUGGGCCUAUUUUUGCAUGCACAGUUUUGCAUAAAACUUAUGUAUUUAUGUUUAAUAUGAAACCCACCAGGUUCCUAGAGAUCGGAGACCGUCCUCUGCAAAAACAGACCAUGAUCACACCGAAGUAGAACACAAUAAAAGGUUUGUUUCCUCCAAGAAUAAUAACUUAAAAUGCAACGCAAUCAUUUAUUUAUAUGUGAAAAUAAAUGUGUAACCUCUAUAGAGCACAAACAAAAAUCAGUGUGCUAGAAUUAAAGAUCCUGCACAUUUUACCAUCCACAGUAUUAUAAGGAACUAGAUUACUAAAUUACAACCUUUUAGUCUUGAAGGUUUUUUGGAUUUUUUUUUUUUGUUUAAAUUAGCAUAUUUUCUAUGGUGGUAAAGGUUUUUGUGAACCAUAAGGGAAUAACGUUGUCCGUUUACCAUAAAAUAUUUUUAUAACUUGAUCGCCACUUAUUUGGAUCAUUAUCUGCUGAACGUUUUGUCACGUUUUUCCCAUUUCCAAUCAAGUAAUCCAGCUGGCCCUAGAACCAACUUUGGUUCUGCAACAAUUCUUCUCUGAUCUUCAUCCACUGAUCUUUCCCAUCACAACCUUCUCACCAAGCAAGUGUACUUUAACACUUCACCCUUUCAACUACUCUAGAAAAAGCAGUUCCAAACGCAUCCAUAUUUUUUAACCCCGUAAGGACCAAACUUCUGGAAUAAAAGGGAAUCAUGACAUGUCACACAUGUCAUGUGUCCUUAAAGGGUUAAAUUACUACAACACCAGUCCUUCAGCUCAAAACAACCUAUCUAAACCACACUUUUUCCCCCCUCACUAGAAGAUGCAGGAGUUUUUUGUUUGUUUACAUUAAUUUUAUAUUAAUCUUUCUUUUUAUUCAAAGGAGUGUGCUGUCGCAAUUGCCUGAACAACACUUAAUUUCUGCUGGAGAAAACAGAGUGCAAGUUCUGAAAACAGGAGUGCCUUUCAAUCUUCUGGUUCCUCUGAACAGCCAACAUGACAAGCGAGUCCACCUGAGUUCCCCAGACACCACUGGCACGAUAUCCAUAACUUCCAUGCCAACCCAUGCAAUCAAAACUGAAUCACAGAGCCAUGGUUUUACAGUGGGCAUCCCACCAAAUGUCUAUCACUCUGAGCCAACAGAACGCAUUAUUAACUAUGACCGCAACGUUACCCCCGAUCACUAUAGCUCCAGCAGCCAGCCACCAAGUUCUCAAAGGAGAACACCAGAUUCUACAUUCUCUGAGUCUUUUAAAGAAGACGUACAAGAGGUAAUGGAACGUUUUAGACUUCCCAAGAUCUUCAUUUGUGAUGUUAAUGUGUGCUAGUUGCUGAUCAUCCAGAUGUAAUUAUAUAAUAAUCUGUAAUUCAAACACUUAGAUCAAUAAGGUAAGUUCAAUUAAUGGAACGAUAACAAUCGGUAAGAUUUAGGUGCAAAUCUUUGAGUAAGAUGGUAUGUGUUGUGAGAUGACAGCGGCUGCAUGCUCCAAGUUAACCCGAAUGUGUUGUUAAGAGAAGUAGUUAAUUGGGUAUUAUUGUUGGCAUUUAUAUAGCGCCAGCUUAUUCUGCAGAGAUUAACAGUGUUAUCAAAAGAAGAAUUUAACAACAAAUGAGAAGACGUUAACAAAUAUUGGCAGGAAUAAUAAAUUGAGCUUGCAGUCUUAAUAUAUCAAACAUGCACUAUUGCUGCUAUAAAAGAACAAAGUUUAAGAACAUGGCUUUCUACUACACUAUCAUUAGAUAGUGUUGUGUACUUUUAUUUUAUUUUUUUGUAUUUAUUUUUUUUAAAUAGUUUUUAUAUACCUAGGUAUGCUUCACCACUCAGUUUUCCAGGUUUUAUAUUAUUUGUUCUAACAAAACUAUUCUUAAUCUUGUACUGUCACAGCUCAGGUUAAAGUAAAGGUACAUUAAUGUAGAAAAAAACAAACAUGUCAUUUUUAUAUUUUCUUGUAAACACUGCUAGCACGUUUUACGAGCUUGUGUAUUAAAACAUAUCUGCACAGGCUGAGCUCGCCCUGUGAUGGAAAUCUCUGUACCAGUGCUGAGCGGGGAACCUCAGCACAAGCCAUUUGCUGCGCCAAAGCAAACAAAAAGAUAACUAAUCUCUGCCUUAUUUGCAUUUCAUUUAUCUUUUGUUGAGCCCUAUUUAUUUAUUUAAUUUUUUUUAUGUUUAAGGUGUUCUUUCCAUCUGACCUCAACAUCCGAAUGAACGGUAUAAACUCUGAAGACUAUGGUUUCGAUUCUGUUGCUGGGUAAUUUAAAUUUUUUAAAUUUUUUUUUUUGGUUUUUAAUAAAAAAAACAAACUAGUUUUACAUUUAUAAUCCUGAUGAUUAUAUUUCCAUACCAUAGAUUUACUAUUCAUUACUGUCACUUACUGGCUCCGUAUUGCAGUAAGUGAUAACCAUAUGGUGAGUUAAUGACCAACCUGCAAAGUUUAAGGCUAAAGCUGGUGAUGUUUCUUUAAAACACGGUUCAUUUUUAAAUUGGAUACUAUUGACUUUAAGUUUGUAAUUGAGACUUUAAUGCACUGGAUUUUAUUUCUUCAUGAGCCCCUGAAAUAAAACUGACAGCUGAAAAAACCUAAACACAAUUUAAUAAUAUUUUCAAUUAAUAAUAUAAUAUGACACAAAAUGACCAGGGUGUUUUAUGGUUCUUUUAUAGAUCACGUAUCCCUAAUAAAUAGGGGCUUCUGUUUUGUUUUUUUUCUUCAAGAUUCCCCACCCCUGUAAUCAUCCCGGCCCAAAUCUGUUGGUGCCUUAUCAGUGAAAGUGUUUUUGUACAAAAGUCACCUAUAUGGUAGACUUAUACACACUGAUGUGUGAAGUUGUCCUUUUACCAAACAGCCAUACCUCCUACACUCCUUGACCAGCUGGAAAGGGAAAUUAGUCACUGUUACUAGGUCCGUGGUUAAUGCCCCAACUGUCUUACCUUGCAAUCUACAAACAUUGACAAUGGUUACCUUUGAGAUGGGUGAUAGAUGCACCCCAGGAGAAGUUAGACAAAACUGAAUAUGCCCUUCCAGGUAACAUACUGUAAUAUAGUGUUGUUAUUGUAUAGACCUGACCCUGACUUCUUUUGUUGCUAUUUUUUUUUUUUUUUUUUUUAGGAAUAAUUUUGAAUAUACACUUGAAGCCUCAAAGAGCCUCCGACCGAAGCCUGGAGACAGCACAAUGACCUAUCUGAACAAAGGCCAGUUUUAUCCCAUUACACUAAAAGAAAUCAGUGGGAACAAAGGAGUUCACCAACCAAUCAGCAAAGUUCGGGUAAGGUGUAUUCCUCUUAGAAUGUUUGUUUAUUUUACACCAACACACACACCUUCCAUGGAAUAUUAAGGAUUAAUGCAAACUAGAGUUUGUCUACAAAGAGCAUAUACCCCACUCCACUUUUAGAGCUGUGAUUCGGAACUGCUUCUGUAUAUUAAAAUAUUAUUUACUUGUAUGCAACACCUACAAGUCUGUCUCUUACAUAGUAGUUCUGAAGGAUCUCCCAGAAUGCCUUGUUAAAUAUGCAAAUGAGCACCGGCAGGCAUUUGAUUUUAGACUCCAUCCCUCAUUUCUCCAGGUGCAUGUCGAUAUAGAGCGGUAUUUAUAAUGCUGCUUUUGAAACCAAACCAUGAACUGAUGUAUAAAUGGUAAUAUUAUAUAUUGUGUAAUGCAGCAUUCUGUCAGAUAAAUGCUUGUUUUCGUUGUUUUUACUGUCUUUUUUUUUUUUUCUGUAUUAAUCUGUGGACGCCCCACCAGUCUAAUCGAUGUUUUCUAUUCUCUCCUUCGUGUUUCAGAGUGUGAUUAUGGUUGUGUUUGCUGAUGAUAAAAGUCGAGAAGACCAGCUUCGUCACUGGAAAUACUGGCACUCCCGACAGCACACAGCUAAACAGAGGUGCAUCGAUAUCGGUAAAGUCCAACACGAAUACUGUGUAUAUAAUAUUAUGUGAGCAAGGAACACGACACCAUGAUCUGUUAUACACCAGUCACUGUAUUCAUGACCGGGGAGAUCGGGCAACUUUUAGCUUGGGGGCAAGGACAGAGAAAUGGCACUGAGAUUGCAGCUGCAUCCACAGUCAUUUCUCUGGAAUUUAUGCCACUGAAUAAAACUUUAAAAAUCACCUAUAAUUUGUUUUAACACUUUUUUUCCAUUAGACGCACUUUAAAUUUUAAAUUUAUAUUAAAAAAAUAAAAUAAAAAAUGUAGCCUUAACAAACGGUAUCAUAAGCCAGUCCAGACAGAGCAAAGUUAGGACAAACCUUGCAAAUGGGGAGUAGAAGUAGAAACGUUGUUUCACUUAUUUCUUAUUCCUAUUUUCUCUACGCUAGGUGCAAAGGACAGAGCUUAUAUCAAUUCUUGUCAGGGAGCUAAAAUGGGGGCACUCGGUUGCGGGGUAAAGAGGUGUGAAUCUCUACAUUUAAUUUACAUUUUCACACCUCACAAAUACAUAUUUCUUAAAUAUGAGAAUACAUAAAUAUAACUUAUUGGAAGUGACAGUUCCCCUUUAAAUCUGCAGGUUAAAGGAACAUUCAUGUUAUCCUAGCUAUUUAGAAUAUUGCCGCCCUUCACCCCAAGUAAUUCAUAGAUUUACCUGUUUACUUCCAGCAACCGCCAUGCCUCCUCUGGGAAGCAUUGAGGGGGCUGGUACGCAUGAUUGAAAAUAUCCAUGCGGUGUCCAUCAUCUCCUUCUAAAGGAUCCAGGAAGCCCCUCUAGUGGCUGUCCGAGUAAUGGCAGCUAGACAUUACUUCAAGCAGUAAUGUAAACACUGCUUUUUCUAAGAAAAGGCAGCGUUUACACUGUUCAGUCUGCAGACAGUCUCUUUGCCCAAGAACUUUUACAUUUGGCUGUAGUGGUUAUGGUGCCUUUAGUGUCCCUUUAAGAUAGAACCAGUAUAGUCUUUAAAAUUAUUUUCGGGCUUAAUUUUUUACUAGAAGACAUUAACAUUUUGUGAUGAGUGGAUUAUGUUCCAUGUUAAGCUCUGCUAUUGUUUUUACAGCUGACUACAAAGAGAGUUUUAACACCAUCAGUAAUAUUGAAGAGAUCGCAUAUAACGCCAUUUCUUUUACAUGGGACCUGAAUGAUGAAGGAAAGGUAUGGCUUACAAGCAUUUAUAUUGCCUCAUUUUAACUUUUGUAAUAUGAGGGUGUGUAGCAUUUAUGACGCCUCUACUCUGUAAUUAUCUGUGCUCUCCUUCUUCAUCAAUGUAUAAUCAGAUUUAUUAUUAAAAUGACUUGCUAACAAUCAGUUGGCCAAAAACAAUAGAUCUUUAGAGUGCCACUUUACGGCGCUGCAAAACACUUUGUGGUUGUGAUCAAAGAAAUGUGAUCCGAAUUAUUGCACUCCAGAGUUACGGAAUGCUACAUGCUAAUGUUCUGUGAAUGCGGACACAGGUUAUUUACUAAACUGUGCCUUGUUAUGGAAGUCCAGUGUGAAUUUUAGAUUUAGACUAAAAUAGCCAAACUGGAACCGUCUUUUUAUUUUUUGGGGGGGUGUAGGGAGAAUAUUUCCAGUUUGGCUAUUUUUGGCCUAAAACUUGAAAUUUACUCUGAAAUCUCAAUAAUUCACCCUGUCUGUGUGGUGGUGUUUUUUUUUGUUUUUUUGUUUUUUUUUGGGUUAAUUUGAAAUAUAUUGGGCAUUGUAUGGUGAGAUUAAUUAGAACUGGUAUAUUGGGUUAAUAUAAAUAAGGGGGGGUAAUCCUUUUUCAGUAGUUGUGCUGGGAAACAAAUGUAAUUGGGUAAAUUGUACACAUAGACUGUGUGGUUUUUAUUCAUCAUAAUGGCUAAAAGAAUUAAAGUAAUAAAUAGAGGUCUAUAGUAUAAACAGUAUUUUUAUAUGUAGCUUUGUUCUAGAGCAUUCAGGUUCUCAUGUGAAUAACUGCUAAAACUGAGCAGCUGCAGUUUCUUUAUUCUCAAAUGUCUGUUGUCCUUUACAUCCUGAUAAAAACCCCAUAGACCAAGGGGGUACUCUGGCCAUCAUUGAGUGUCAUGCAGUGAGUUUAAGCAUGCGUGGGAUAGGCAGUCAUAAGGCUAUCCUAACUAUAAGAUAAGACUAGGGACUAAUGAAAUUAUUUAGAAAAUUGGGCAGACUAGAUGGGCCGAAUGGUUCUCAUCUGCCGUCACAUUCUAUGUUUCUAUGAGAUUGCAAUGUUCUGAUUCUAGGUGGCUAUUUUUUAUUUAAUUAUUUUUUUGGUGUGUUUUUUUUUUUUCAGUCAGAUGAUACUUUAGAUGUUUUAUCUCCAGCUCAUUUAUAUUGAACUUUCCUCACAUGCAGGAGGCUCCUGCAAUAUCUAGCAAGCUUAUUAAAAGAGCGGGAGAUACGAAACUCUAAAGUAAACAGACGAUGCAAUAAAGGAAGUGUAACAUUAGAUUUCAUGAUUUAUACACCAAAACUGCUUCAUUAAGCUUAAGUUGUUCGGUUGACUAUAGUGUCCCUUUAUGUCUUUAUAUUAAAAGAUAAACCAGAAGUUGAACAAUGCCCCCCAGCCCCCAACCAUGUUUUUGUUUACAUAGUUGGAUUUACCUACAUACUAUAGCCAUUGAGGUGGCCAAUAGUAGUGGGAGUUUGAAUAGAGGGCUUAUUUCUGUGUGUUCACUUCUUCCUUGUGUCUGAAGAGAAACCAGCUAUAGGAUUGCUGAUGAUUGUGAUUCUUACAUUACUGAUAUUUUGAUUAGGAAAAAAAAUAGGCUAAAGGGACACUCCACUGCCGACAUUAAAAUACAUUUAUUUUGUUGUCGAAAAACCCCCUUGCAAAAGCUGCAGUUCUCUUGUUUGCUGCCUUUGCAAGCCCUCCCCUUCUAACACCGCCCAGGCUUUCUGUUGCUGGCCAAUCAGACUUCCCAAUGCAGCUCCAUGAGAAGUCUUUGCAGUGCAGGAGCUGUGAGCAAUUGCUGCCUCUUGAGUUUAGUUCGACUGAGCUUAAACAAACCAGGGACCAAGUAACAGGGCCAAUUAUCUGACAGCCAUGAGGGAGUAACAAAGUUAAUUUAUAAAAGUGCCAAUUUCUGUUGACACCUGCACUUUUUAUAAAAUUGAAAGGGGGGGAACGCACACAGUGCUUUAGGGGUCUAAAGUGUCCACUUUAAAUAUUUUUGUUUUUGUUGUUUUUUUUGUUAAUUGCUUUCGUUCCGACAGUGGAAGACUCAAAGAUUCUACUAAUGUAUGCUCAAGCAUUAAACCUGUAGCAGUGACAGCGAACGCUUGGCACUGUAACAGCUGGAGUGCUGUACAUGGCUAGCCUCUGCCAAAGAGUGGCUUCUGUGUUUGAGCAGGUGACUUGUCUUAGCCGGGCACUGUAACCCCACUGCUUGCAGGUAAACACUUCCAGCUCUGGCUGCAGGAUGGAAAGUUUCACCACAGUCUUUCAGGACUCCCAUUUUAUUGUUUGCUUUUCUCUUUUUCUCAUGGAAAUCUUUUGUUUGAGAUAUAAUACACAUUAUUCCUAGCCGAUUGUGUACACAGCUCUAUAAUUUGCGUUUUCACUCUCCAUGAAUCAAGAUGACCUGGCUAGUAUGGCUAGGAAUUCUCCUGACAAUGGCUUAGAUAAAGGCAUACACAGGAUUCAGGGUUGGCGAAAAAGAAAGCUCUUUUCUUCCCCCUCCCCUCCUCUCCCCCUCCCCAGGUGAAUUGUUGCACUUCUUUAGUGAACUGCAAGAAAAGGCCUUUACAAUUGGUGAUGAUGGCAGCGUGAUGUGAACAGGCCUUCACAUCGUACCUAUAAGGAGCCUAUAAGGCUGAACGUCUGGGAGAAUUCAUAAACAAACAGAGCGGCGAAUUGUUAAACGUAUUUUCCCAGAGUUUCACUCAAUACAGAGGAAUGAAAAUAAAAUCAGCUAAGUCAUAUGGAUCAAAUACUGCUUCUAGGACUCUGGUAUUGUUAACCCUACCCCUGCCAAAAAAAAUAAAAAUCAGAACAGGAAAGGGUGGUUGAAAAAAGAUCUGCCACCUUUCCACUUUCUGCAAAGUUUACCUCUACAACACUUGGGGAUCUACCUUUUCUGUGUCACAGGAAUGGGUACAUUUUAACAUGUGCCCUUCUAACACUCCAAUAGUUCAUGGAUGUAGUUGCCACAAUUGUUGGGGUUUUUUUUGUUUUUUUGUGGGGGUGCGUUUUUUUUUUUUGUUUGUUUUUUUUUUACCUGUAGAUUGCCACCUAUGUUUUUAUUUUUUAAGUAUGUCCUGGAAAUAGAGCACCUCAUGCAAGCAUUCUGUAACCUGUAUUCACAAUCUGCCCUAAAUUGUCCAGCGAUGCCAACACUAAUUUGGGGAGGAUAAAUAUCUUGUGAAAUGCCAUUUGUGCUUGAUGUGUAUCUCUUGGCAUCCACUCUGCUUGAUGAGACGUUCCGAUGGGUAGGGCCUAGUUUUUAACCCUUUGUGUGUUAAAAGCAAAUAUACCGCUGCUUUAAUAUCUGUUCACUAUUACAAUGCCACACUGGUGUCGCGUUGCUUUGUGAAGACUUGCCCUUACCGAGUCUGUUGGCAGAUUGUUUAAUGUUUUUCUAUGUAUUACCCCCCGCCCCGCCCCCAAUAUUCCUCUCUUCUUUAAUAUACGACAAUGUUCUAGUCAUUCUGUGCCAGUGAAAUGUGUAUUUUAUGUACUUUAUGUAUUUGAAUUUCUUUGUCCCAUAAUUCUUCUCUCCAGCAAGUUGCAUAUCCUCAAUUUGCUAUUGAUGUGCAUUUUCCUGCCGACUCUGCUCAAUUGUGUUUGCCAUCUUAUUAUCUUCCAUUAUGUUGCAAUUUAUGUAAAUAAUUUUGGUUUUUAAAUUAACGAGGAGCACUCGUCAUAAGAAAUGGUUAAUGAGGAGUAAAUUUACACCUGCACAAGGAAAGUCUGCCAGAAGACGAUGUCUGAAGGAUUAGUUUAAACAAGUAAACACAGAUCUUUCCCUGUGCAAUGCAGAGUAGACUCCAUACUGCUCUGUGUUUUGGGCCUGGCUGGCGUGCUACAUUAAACCUUUGAUACGUAUCCAUACCUUCCAACUGUCCCUAUUUAAGCGGGACAGUCCUUAUUUGUGGCCCAAAUUCCACAUUUCUAUCCUAAUAUCCUUCUUUUUUAGGAGAUCCAUGUUGUUUUUCUUUAAAGGAACAUGACCGACACCUUUAACAACUUCAUUCAAAUUAAGUUGUUAUGGUGCCACGAGGUCCUUGGUGCGGGCUCUUCUGUAGAAGUUAAACUGUUCACAAAUGGUUUAAACCCAAAAUAUGUGCUCCAGCGAUGGAUCUUGCUGCCCCCCUGCACUUCGGUUUGCAUAAAAUCUUCAAAAGGGAAAGGUAGGGCUGUUGUAGACAGGGGCAAUGCAGAUUGGCUGAGAAUAGUCAGGUGACACUCUCAGCCAAUUAAUGGCUCCCAAUUCACAAAAACGCAAUGUAGAUUUCUAAAGCCAUUUAAGAAUGGCGCGCCACAGAUUGACUGAGCGCGUCGGCUGACUGUUCUCAACCAAACAGGUGUUCCCCUGUCAGUGGCUGCCUUUUAAGCUUCCAUUUUGAAACUUUUGAGCAAAUGGGAGGGGGCAGAAAUAAUCGGCACUAAGGCACAGACUUUAAAAUUUAAAUAGCUUGUGAACGGUUUCAAGUUGAGCCAGAGCUAGAGACAUCUUGGAACCAUAACACCUUAAUUUCAAUUAAGUUGUUAUGGUGCCUGUCAUGUCCUUUAAAGCUGCAAUAAACAUGUUUGAAAAUCCGUUUUUGUAAAUCAGAUACAUUGUCCCCAUUCUAUAUUGCGUUUUAGUUGCAUAAAUUGUUAUGAAUAAGUCACCUAAAAGUUCACAGAACAGCCUGACCCUGGCCACACCCCCGCUUACACCCUUAAAACUAAGGUGUCCUCUUUGCCCAUUUGAAAUGCUGGGAGCUAGUUGUAUCUCAUUUCACGAUAUGCAAGUUUGGUUGAGUCUCUGCCCAGACUGGCAUACAGUAUAUAAUGUUGCACUAGUUAUUUAAUGAGCUGCUGAGGAGGGGAGAUGUUUGCAAUCUAGGGGGGGCUUGUUUUAUGGUACCUGGUAUUACAUGGUAACCUUGGUAUUUACAGGCUCAAAUUCAGAUUGUUUUUGGCCACCCUCACUAAGUCUCUUUUAUUGUCUUCUCAACCUUUGUGGGUAACGUUAACAUGCUAGUGUCAUUGACUGUAUAUCAGUGGGUUUGCAGAGUUUUUAUGGGGUUAUAAACCUGGAGUUGCAUAGAGCCAACACGGGAUUGGACAUUUUUAGCCCAAUAUAGCAAUGUGUAAGAUAACCCCUCUCACCCACCCCCUCAAUUCAGCCUUUGUGGUUAAUAUUUCUAUUUUUAAUGAACUAGGUAAAGCUACAGUGAUAUUGUACAGCGCUAUGGAAUUUUCUGGCAUUAUAUAAAUAAUAUUAAUAUUUACCAUGGGAACAUUGCAUGGCUUGGGAUAAUUAGGCAUCAGUUUUGUUCUUAAAGGUAUAAUUUAAUAUAUUAGAAGUUCAGAUGGUUAAUACACCACCAGUCUAUAGUAGCACACAGUAUCUCAAAAGUGAGCACACCCUCACAUUUUUGUAAAUAUUUCAUUAUAUCUUUUCAUGUGACAACACUGAAGAAAUGACACUCUGCUACAAUGUAAAGUAGUAAGUGUACAGCCUGUAUAACAGUGUAAAUUUGCGGUCCCCUCAAAAAAAAAAAAAAAACCUCCACGCACAGCCAUUAAUGUCUAAACCGUUGGCAAGAAAAGUGAGUACACCCCUAAGGGAAAAUGUCCAAAUUGGGCCCAAAGUGUCAAUAUUUUGUGUGGCCACCAUUAUUUUCCAGCACAGUCUUCACUGUUAACCCCUUAAGGACACAACUUUUGGAAUAAAAGGGAAUCAUGACGGAAUAUUUCCGUCAUGUGUCCUUAAGGGGUUAAGGGCAUGGAGUUCACCAGAGCUUCACAGGUUGCCACUGGAUUCCUCUUCCACACCUCCAUGACGACAUCACGGAGCUGGUGGAAGUUAGAGACCUGAAAUGACCUGAAACGAACUGUGCAUUUAAAAAAAAAAAAAAAAAAAAAUAAUAAUAAUUUUAUUAGCUCUUAUUUAGUAAGUAAGCCAUUGGAUCACCACCUUUUGUAUCACCGACAUAUUCUGCAGCACAGGACACAUUCAGUAAAUGCUAUAAUAUGUAAUAUUAAUAGAAAGAAAUGGAGGCUGCUUUUAGAAGCCUAUCAAAAUAGAUUUUACUAGUCCCGUAGAAAAUAGCGGUGAUUAGCAUGAAGUGAGCUUUGUGUGCUGAUCAAAAAAAACUUUUUACCAAGUCUUUUAUAUCUAUCAUUUUUUGUAAACUUUUUUUUUUUUUUUUUAUAUAUACCUAAUUGUUUCUUUUUAAAAAAAAAAUAAUUUUUUUUUUAACCUUAAUUUUUUGACCGUGAAAAGGUUAACUCCUGGCACUGCGUGUCGCCUACUCGUUGCCUCCUAUAUUAGCAGCUAAUUGGCCUGUUAACGUGACUGUGUACAUCAAGGACUGUAUUUAAAGGGAUACCACAGUAAUGAAACACCCAAUUUUAAAGCAAGGCGUUGUCUGUUUUUGUGGUAUUAAAGGUGUAGGUAUGUGGCUUCUAUUGAGAAAUUGCAAGGGAGAGGCAAGAGAACAGCAUUGGUUAGGGGAUUGGAAGGCUGUGUAAUAAGUGAUGUUGUUAUAUUCUAUUCUAGUCAUAUGUGCGGAUCAUUUUAGAUCGGUUUGUAAACUCGAGAAUGAUUCCAGAUAAUCUCUUUCUAUGAGGUCAGAUAUAAAGUUCAACUCCUGGAGAGGGGAGGAAAUUCUGCAGCACUUUAGUGCAAUCACCUUGGAAACUGUUUGUUUAUUGCUUUUUAUUCUCCUUUUCAGAACUUUUUUUGCCCAGCUUGAUGUUUAAAUAAUUUUCCUUUACUUUAGUCUUCAACAUGCAAAACUUCAGAUUUUCUAUACUUUUCUAAUUCGGUACUGGUUGAUUAAUUAAAUGACCACAGAUUUAUUAAGUCACUUGGGUUACGUAGGGUGUAAAACAUCUCGGUUCUUAACAGACUGUGUUCUGGGGAUCCUAAACUAUUAAAGCACCCCAGCACCUUUAACUGACUGUUUAAAGUGACCUCUUCAAUCUGUGCUGCUGGAAUAAGGAGAGUUGCCUUUUUUUUUUUUUUUUUUACAGCUUUUAAAUCCAUCUUCCCAGCUUUCUAUACAAACUCCUUUCAUAUCAAGUUAAAUUUUGAAAUACAUAUUCAUCCAGGGGACAGCAUUAUUAUUCCCUUAAGCUGCAGAUCGUAUAAAUAGAAUUGCGAAUAAAAGUACCCACCAUUAUUAUGUUUCUACGGAAUGCUUACAUUUCCUUGUAUUGAUGAAAUGUGAUUCUCUCGUUCCCUCUGUAGUAUCUACAUGAAAUACAACUCUUAUUUAUUUUCCUAUUAUGCACAAACCCAUCUAGAAUUAAACAGAAACUUCCCUGAAGUUAUAAGAUGGUUUCAUUGCAAAAACUAUAUUUCCAGUUAACUGAUUGGCUGCUGAGUUUGAUUAAAAUGUAAUCUUAUAUGGCUUUAACCUGCUUUUGACUAUAGAUGAACGCAGCUCCUGAUUUGAUUUAUUCAUUUCUUGAGGAUAUUUUAAAGACCAGUACUCUACUGGGAGGGUUUUAUUGAGAGGUUUUCUCCUGGAAUAGAUGUUAACUAGCGUUACUCACAUAAUCAUCAUCAGAAAGAUUAAAGGUGCAGUUUCCCUGCCGAGAAAAGCAAGUACAACUUGUGACAUGUGAGCACGUUUGACAGUUCAUUUGUUUGGUUAUUGCUCAGUCUCAUUAUGAAAAUGACUUAAUGGAGUUUCAGUAUCCUAUCGCUCAGGGAUGAAUACUCUUAAUUGCAUGCUUUCAUCUGCUUAAGAUACUCGAAGAUGUUCUGUGUCUCUGGAACUCUCCAAAGUGAUCAAUAUUCAGAAUUUAACUUGAGCUCGGCAGGUGGAUUGUUCAGUAUGGAUAGGUCACUUAGUACCCAUACGUUUCACUGUUUGUACCUCCCAAUGUUUUAAAUAGACAAAGAGGGACACUUUAAUUUUAGGGGUGUGAGUAGGGGUGUGGCCAGGGGUGGGACAGUCCUGAGAUAUUUUAGUGGACUUACUAAUCACAAUUUAUGCAACUAACAUGUGAUUUAGAACAAGAACAAUGUAUCUAAUUUACACACUGAUUUCUAAACACCUUUAUUGUAGUCAAAGACACAUUACUGGGAGUAUUAUAGCUGUAGAGCUCUGUAUUACUCAGACACACCAAUAAUGUGGAGCUCCUGGAAAAGAGGGAAAUUAUGAUAGAAAAGAAGGACUGAGAUUUUGGCCCACAAUAAUGACUGUCCUUCCUAAAUAGGGACACUUGGGAAGUAUUGUACAAGAUGCUGGGAACUUGUUUUGCUGGGUAUCCGUUCUGACAGUCCUUGCUUUGCGGAAUCUGUCUUUUAAGCAUGUAUGAGAUGUAUACAGUCUGCAACCACAUGCAAGUAAACUCUCUUUGGAGGUCCUACAACUAUGGCAAGUGGGCUGAGAACCUUGGUGUACUUUAGUUUUCAUUGGUUGGCCAGCUAUAUAGGACUGAUCUGUAUUUAAGGUACAUUUCUGGUUGAAGGGAUCAUGUGACAACUCAUAAAAUAUAGCGAUAUUUUAUUUAAAAAAAAUUAUAUAUAUCUCCAAAGACAGAGGUGUAACUAGAAACCAUGGGACUCCGGUGCGAAAAUUGCCCUGGGGCCCCCCUAUAUGUCCCUGCCGCCCUCUCCUCCCCCCCCCACAUACACAUGCAGACAUACAGGCACACAGACACACACACACACUCACAGAAACGGAUGCGACCAUGGUAGGUACGCCACUGUCCAAAGAUAAGGUUGCACUCACGGUCUUCAUGAAAUCCAAAAAUGUGAACAUUUUUUAAACAAGAUCAAUGUUUCAGUCCACAUGUGGGACUUUACUCUGGAUCAAAAGAGAAAGUGUUUAAUAAAAAAAAAAUAUAUAUAUAUAUAUAUAUAUAUAUAUAUAUAUAUAUAUAUAUAUAUAUAUAUAUAUAUAUAUAUAUAUAUAUAUAUAUAUAUAAUAUAUUUUUAUAUUUUCUAUUUAGAAUGUUUUCAGCGCCAAGUUUUGUUUUUGUUUGUGCUGUCAUCCAGAUCGUGAACACGCUGAUGAGUUCUGUAUAGUUUCAGUUACAGGAAAAAAAGGAAUGAAGAAGAACCAGGUUAUUUUGAUUUUUUUCUUUUUGCUUUUGUUGGGCAUCCAACAAAGAAUCUUGUUAAACGAGCUGAAGAUGCUUGCAGCAUUGUUAUUUAGGGUUGGGCCUUCAUUAGGCCAAUGGCGCUACACCUGUAAAUGUCACUUCCAGAUGACUCCACUAACCAGUCCAACCACUUUUUGAAUGUAAUACAAAGGACAGAUUGGUAUCUCCACAUUUCUUAGAAUAGUGAUUCUAGAUCAGAAUUAGAUUUAUUUUAUAUUAUGUAGAUUUUAGAUCUCUGAGAAUAUUGUCUUGAGCCGUGUUCAGGAAGUGACCUACGUUUAUUGAGAAUUAUUAUACAUUUUCCCAAUAUGUGCUAUUCAAAUAAAUUCUAACUUUGCAGACUUGGAGGGUUAAUCGGUAGAGUGAAAAGUCAAUUCAUUUCAAACUUAAGACCAAAAUAGUCAAACUGGAAAAAUUCUCUGCCUAAUAUUUAAAAUUCUCUUUGAAUUCUCACUCCAGUAAAUAACCCUGUUGGUGUCAAUCAGAGCUCAGACUCUAUGGCUGAUCCUGCUGUAGUCAUGUGAACACACUGGGGACUAGUUCUGGUGGUUUGAUGGAAAUGUUUUAAUGGCGUCUCCUUCCGUAAAUUCUCCCCUUCUUAAUAUUUGCUAAAUAGUUUUAAUAAAAUUGGACGCAGUGAUAAAAGAAUAACGAUGAACACCAAGAAAUAUUGAAGUUUGACCUGUGGGGAAAUUCUUCCUCAACUGUAUUUUGAAUUCUGCUAUUUUGGUUUAAAAUUCAAAAUUAACUUUGAACUCGCGUAAUGCUGGACAGCGCACACUACAAUGAUAAAAUUAAGGGUUAAUGGAACCAGAGAGAUUUCCUUAAGUGUGCAUUUACCUCGAAGUGCAGAGUUUGAAGGAAUUUUGUCUCCCUUGAGCUUCAAUUACCACAAUUGCUACUGUUUAUAUAACCCCAACAUAUUCUGCAGCACUGUACCUCCACCUCAGGGCACGUGCCUGCAUCCCACUGAUGGGAGUCGGAGUCCGAGCUAAAAAGUGUGAAUUUAGACUAAAACUCUCAGCAUGUCUCGUGCCUCCUCCUGCCAGCGUUCUGGUGAUCUUAAUUAGUACUACAAACGUCCAGAGUUGUACUAUUUUAGGCUGCUUGCAAAACAGGCAGUGCCUCUCUGACUGCCUUCUAAUCCACGAUUUCAUCCAGUCUGCUGGCUCACUUUCUCACAGCAGAUACACCAACUCAUAGACUUUAAAUUGAACAGGCGUCACAUUAGUUUUGUUUUCAUUUAGUUUUUAUUAAAAUUUUCCUAAUUGCUUGCUGACUGUGCAAAAGGUAAUAGUUGUUGGAGAGAUUUUAAAAAUAAAAACUGUAGCUGCCUGAAAAACAACUGGUGGACUUCCCACAUAAUUAAUGCAUUGUGCAGUAUUCUAAGUGAUCAAGUUUGAGCCUCACAGGUUUUACAGAUUUGUUUUUGUGUUUUCUUUGAUAAGGUUGUGUGCGUUUUUGUGGUUUGCUAUAUUUAUUUUUUAGUAAGUUUAUUUUAUUUAUAAAUGUCUGUAUUACAUUUGUUGGUAAACAUCAAUGAUGGCUUGUGUUUGUAUUUAUUUUAUUCCAGGAUCAUUUACUAUAGUGCAGUUUGGUUUUGUGUCACUCUCGUAGAUUUCCAAUGUACAGCCUCUAGGGGGCAGUCUUAUAACCCUAAACUGCUGAAUGUGUGCACUCAUGCUUAGCCUUCUACUUAUGAAUGAGCAGUUGACUUCCAGAUGUGGGAAAAAAAAUUUUUUACUAGAUUAAAAUUAAAACGUGAUGCUUAUCUUAGUGAUUUAAAGCUCUCCUGUAGUGUUUUAAAAUGUUAAUAACUACCUCCGCUACUUACCAGCUUUCUGAAGUUCGUUACGAGGGUGCAGUUUGUUCUGACUCCUACCUGGCUGUUUAUUUUAAGUUUUAUAAAAAUUGCAAUGUUUUAGAACUAUUACUGCAUCUGCCUCUUUAACGCCAUGGGUUGUUCGUUCUCUCUGGUUGGAUACCUGGCUAGUUCUGGUGUUGUCUUAUUUAUGUUCCUUUUACCAUAUUUUGUAGGUCUUCAUAUCUGUCAACUGCCUGAGCACAGACUUCUCCUCUCAGAAAGGUGUGAAAGGUCUUCCGCUGAACCUGCAGAUAGACACAUACAGCUACAACAACAGGAGUAACAAACCCGUCCAUCGAGCAUUCUGUCAGAUCAAAGUCUUCUGCGAUAAGGUGAGCCCAGCUCUGUGCCCCAUGAUGUAAGUGGUGCUGACUUUAUGGGUGGAGUAAAUCGCAGGCAUCCUCAUCAGAACUCACCAAAAGCAAAGGAUGAGGAGACAUUAAGGUUGAACAGGUGUCUUAAUGAAAUAGACAGAGCCACCAAUUCACUCUCCUGGGCCAAAGCAGCGAUAUGCUAAUGUUGCAGCCUGUCCGAAGAAGGUAGGUGUCGGUCUGGUGUGAAUGCGGGACUCAUGCUUGCAUUCCCAUUAAGGGUGGACCGAGCUUGGAGCCAUAUUACAGCCCUCUCUGCAUCGUCCUAGUGCCCAUAGCAUGAGUGAGUCUAAUUAUAUCCUCGUGCUAUGAUUUCUGGGAACAGCUCUCUGGUGCCCUCAAAAGUGGGACACUGGAGAACAAAUCCAGGACGAUCGGACAGGAGCCCAUGUCAGGAUUCGGUACAGAUUGGAGACUUGUUAUAAUACUUUGUGAAGUGCCAACAUUUUCUGCAGUAUUCUAAAACAUAUGUAAAAAAAAAAAAAUAAUAAUAAAAAAAAAAUUAUAAAUAUAUAUAUAUAUAUAUAUAUAUAUAUAUAUAUAUAUAUAUAUAUAUAUAUAUAUAUAUAUAUAUAUAUAUAUAUAUAUAUAUAUAUAUAUAUAUAUAUAUAUAUAUAUAUAUAUAUUUAUAUAUAUAUAUAUAUAUAUAUAUAUAUUUAUAUUUAAUAUUAUACUCCGAGACCAGGUAUUCUCAUAUAUGGGAGCAGUUUGUCAAGUGACUUGUACAGAAAACAAAGGAAGGCUGCUGCUAAGGAGGAAUAAAAAAAUUUCAGCCAAAUGAUUUUCAAACUGUGGAUAGCUGUCAUAAUUAAUACUAGGUGCCACGGGCUGUCGUGAUGUUUCGUGUUGUGGUGUAAAUAGACUAUUCUAUUUAGGCAGUGGUAGACAUUGCCGAUCAUCAGAUAUUAUAUUUUUUUUUUUUUUUUUAUUCCUCCUUAGCAGCAGCCUUCCUUUGUUUUCUGUACAAGUCACUUGACAAACUGCUCCCAUAUAUGAGAAUACCUGGUCUCUGAGUAUACAACCUAUAGCUCCACUGGACCCAAGCAGCACAUUGAGUGGCUUGUAAUUUUCCAACCCCUUCCGAUCUGUAUUAUUGCCAUUUAUAUAGCGCCAACAGAUUCCGUAGCGCUUUUCAAUAUUAGAAGAGGGGGGGAUUUAACUAUAAACACUUAUAGGACACUUACAAGAAAACUUACAGGAGCGAUGGGUUGAAGAGGAUCCUGCUCAAAAAAGCUCAGUCUCUAGGAGGUGGGGUAUGAAAGACAUUAGGACAGGAAUAGCCAUUAAAUAAGGUCGGAGUGAAGCAGAGCUGGAGGAGAGAGUAGAGGGCUACCCUGUAGGAGAGAGCAGGAGACCGGUAUGUGAGGUAGAGGUUACUCUGGGAGGCCAUAGGCCUUCCUAAAGAGAUGGGUUUUAAGGCUCUUCUUAAAAGAUGCAAGACUAAGGGAGAGUCUAAUGGCGGUAGGCAGGCUGUUCCAUAUGAAGGGAACCGCUCGCGAGAAGUCUUGCAAGUGUGUGUUGGCUGUACGGGUGCGAGCAAUGGACAGGAGAAGGUCAUGGGCAGAGCGGAGAGACCGAGAAGGGCCAUUCCUAUAAGAUAAGAGGCUAGAAUUGGUCAAUUCUUUAUAGGUAUGGGUUAGCACUUUGAAUUGACUCCUAUAGGAUACAGGAAGCCAAUGUAAGGACUGACAGAGGGGUGAGGUGUGAGAGGAGCGUCAGAAGAGGAAAAUCAGUCUGGCGGCAGCAUUCAUUACAGACUGUAGCGGGGCAAUAUGGCUCUUGGUAAGACCAAUUAGGAGAAGGUUACAAUAAUCCAUGCAGGAAAUUACUAGAGCAUGGACAAGCUCUUGAGUAGCGUCUGCCGCUCCUGAGGAGCACGAGGACCUUCUUUCUGCCAGGGGCAUUUCACUCUAAGUCCCCUCUCAUGGUGGAAUAAUAAGGGUGCUGUGGAUAAACUGGACAUAUCACGCUACUUCCCACAUUAGAUUUCCUGGAGCUAAUGUCACAAUCCUGCUCCCUCUCGGUUGGGAUAUAGGAGGCAGAUAUUUGGUAUAAAAAACAGGAUGUGUGUGUGCUUGAAUCAUUACAUAAUUGUGUGUAGCUAAAUGCAAGUUGCAUGAGAGUGUGAAUGUAAAGAAGUUGGAGAUGGAGGGGAUAUAGGGAUGUCAGGAGAUAGGAUUUUGGAAGUCGGUGAUGGGGCUGCACAGUGUCUUGAGCUGGCCCUAAUACAACCCUGGCAAAGUGUUCAGCAAAUGUAUGAACUAGCAAUAUCAGAUGAUGGGCUGCUUGCCAUAUUCUUGAAGUUAAGCAGCACCACCUAGUGGCUAGUGAUGAAACUGGUUGCAUUAUCACUUUGCAUUCGUAGGAAUAUGGGCAAGAAUAGGUAUUCAAGCCCUUUUUAAUGAAGUUAUAGCAAAAUGUACAGGACCAACACAAGUCUACAUUUUUAUUACUGUUACAGUCCUGAUAUGUUAGAUGUUUUGAAACAUGCACCGGUUUUAUGAAAUAUAAAUUUUUAUUUUAUUUAUUUUUGUGUGCCGUGACUUGCUGCUUCAAUAGCAUUGUCUUGUUUUCUAAUAACAUGUCUUGUGUUCUUUGUUUUCCAGGGGGCUGAACGUAAAAUAAGGGAUGAGGAACGUAAGCAGAGCAAACGAAAAGGCAAGUUUUCUGAGCCCAUCUCCCACAUCACUACUUGUAAGUAAAAAUGAUUCAGGUCUUCGAAAUCAUUUCACUUACAGAGUAUGUGUGUGUGUGUGUAUUGGAACGUUUGUGUGUCUGUGUGGAUGUCUGUGUGUGGAAAAAUGAAUCAGUCUUGACGAUCUUGAGUAAUCCUGUGCUUUCCUAUAGAAAAGCAUUGGGAGGCUGACGCACAUUCCCUAGCCAAUCAGCAUCUCCUUAUAGAGAUGCAUUCAAUCACUGUAUCUCUAUGAGGAAUGUUAAUCGCCUCCAUGCAGAACGUGGAGCCGCUGAAUGUUGGUACGUAAGACGAAGAAGCAGCUUUAGUUGCAGUCUGAGUGACUGCCAUUAAGAGCUUUUUCCAGGCAGCAAUGUUAACACUGCCAUUUCUCUGAAAACAUUGCUCAGCCUGCCGGGACUGGCUAUAGACGCCAAAACCACUACUUUAAGCUGUACUGGUUCUUGUGACUAUAGUGUCCCUUUAAUCAAAGGCCCGCACGUCUCUGUUGGUGAUGUAGUAGGGGUGUCUCUCUCUCUGUGCUCCUGGGUCCCUGUUACUGGGGUAAUGGUGCGUGAGGACAUCCAACGAGUCCAGUAAAACCAGAUUGAAUUGUAUUUCUGGAGGUUGUUUGAACAGGACGACAUAAGCUCUUCUAUUAAGCGUAUUUCCUCCACGCUAGUGUAAGGGACUUAUUUUUUUAAUUAAUUUGCUGAUGUCUGUAUUUUUCAUUUAAAUUCAACAAUUUUCACAUAUUGAUAGGAAUCGUUUCAACAACAUUUAUUUGUUUGCUUAUUUUUAUUUUGUGGGGUAUUUUUUUUUUUUUUUCUUCUCAUUUAAGGAAACAUUAUGAUAAAAAGUAGAAAGUGAUUAAUUGUAUUCAUGCUUAUUGGGCAAUUAACCAGUCAUGCUAACUUUUUAUUUUUUUAUUAUAUUCUCAAAAUCUAAACUCCAUAAAUCCUCAAAGAGAAACAAUCUCUUUUCUCAAAUCUUUUUAUAUUCUCCAGUUUCCAAUAUUGAAUGUUGUAUUUAAUACACACAUGUUCAAGAACCAUCCUUGCCUAGAUAUCAGUGGGAGCAAUCUGUCAAGUGGCAAAUUGCAACAUAAUGACAAAGAUAAUGGACAUCCUUCAUACAGAGCAAGUUUUUAUAUACAUUUGGCGAAAGCACCAGAGACUUUAAGGGGUCAAGGAUAGGAAUAACACGUGAAUAGAAUCCAUCAAUGAGAAUAUUUGUGUUUUUAUUGGUAAACGGGUUCAUAUUCAUUUCUGCUGAUACAGUUACUCUCCUGUUUAUUUCAGCUCACAUGUUAUUACAAAUACAAAGUGUCUGUAGUACUGGAGAAAUAGAUUUUUCUUUAUGUUGAUGUCAAACGGUUCGAUGUGUGAUGCAAUGCUGCUGAUUUUCUGACAGAGGGCAGCACACACUUACCUCUUGCUAUUGUCUGCACCUAAAUACAAGAGUCUAAUCAAAUCAAACAUUCUCAUCAUUCUGGUACUUAUAGGGAUAAACAAAAAACGCUUUUGCCAUGUGUAUUCCUAAAACUGUGAAAUAAGGAAUUCAAGAAUUUGAGGCAAAAUUGUGUGUGUGUGUGUGUGUGUGUGUGUGUGUGUGUGUGUGUGUGUGUGUUCGUCUAACUCUGCAAUUUUGGCCCAGAUUUUGCGAUGCUUUUUAACUCCAUAGAGGUCAUGGUUUAAUGAAUACGGUCCCAUGGUCCAGCCAGGCUCCUGCAUCUCUCGUAGCUGGUACAAACCUUAAUGACCGUCUCCUUCCUUUUAUGUUGUGCAGUUCCAGAUGUUAAAGGGGGUCUGCUGCCAUCACACAAGAGAACCGAUAUCACGGUGUUCAAGCCCAUGUCGGAUACGGACACUCAGCCAGUGCUAUUUAUCCCCGACGUGCACUUUGCAAAUCUCCAGCGCACCACACAUGUAAGGCAUGCUUCGAAACAAAUGUUAACUUCUUUAUAUGCUUUUAUAUUCCUCAUUUUUAAUAAUAUUCUAAAAGUAUGACUGCAUACAUUUUAUUUAUAGAACACAUAGCACGAACAGGCAUACUUUAAAUUAAGGUAGAAAUGGUAUAGUAGGUGUGUGUAAUGAGAUGUAUAUUUUAUACAGGACUUAAAAUGUGUAGAUAUAAGCUACUAGCCAGGGCUAAAUUUUCACUUGUCAAUGGCUAGUGGAUAUAUAAUAUUUCUGUAACACCUUAAUUUUGAUAUCAGAGAGAAAGCUGUAUAUGUUGGUUAUAUCAUCAAAGCAAGCUGUGUCUUUUACAUGGCAAGGAAGCGAUCUUUAUGGAGCUUAUAUAGUUAUUUUCUUACUGUUAUUUAUAAAGCGCCAACAGAUUCCGCAGCGCUGUACAAUUAGUGGAGAAACGUACAAUAUACAUAGACAAAUACAAGAAGUAGGGAGAGCCCUGCCCGUAAGCUGAUUUCUAGCCAUUGGAGCUCUUUUAUACAAAGUGCUUGGCUAGAUGGCCUGUGAGCUUACAGUCUAAAGUAGUAAUUAAAUCUCAUUUACCAAUUUACUCAUGGUUUUCUGUUUGUUUUACAUAGGUGCUUCCAAUUACAGAGGAAAUGGAAGGAGAAAGGUAUUUAUUUAGUUUACGUUUUGAAAAUGAAUUAGUUGGAGAUAUCAAUUUUAUGUUAUGUGUAAUGAGAUUAUAUUGUAUUUUAAAAAAAUAAAAAUAAAAAUACUAAAACAUUUUUUAUUUUGUAUUUUUUUUUUUUUAGUUCUGGAAUGAAGAGGAUGUCAUUCUCUCCUGAUGACGACUUUCCUGCACCUCCUGUAAAAAUACCAAGACCGGAAGAACCAAAGAGAGGUUUGUUAUUUCACAGUUUUAAACCAUCCUGUAAUGCAGCAGAAUCCUGUGUUCUCUGCAGAGCAAGCUAUAGUAUAACAAUGUACAGUAUUGUACAUUAUUCACACUAACAAACCGUUGCAGACAAAGUAGUUAUGCUGGGAUUUCCGUUGCCCUGUCCCUUUAAACCCCAUUUAGUAAUAUUCUCAAAGUCGGCUAUGUUUCUAGUCCAGCUAUAUUGGUCUAAAAUUUGGAAUUCACUUUCAGUUAACUUUAAACUAACUUUAUUGUGACCGCCUGUUGACAUUUGACAACAACUAUGUCCCGAAGGGAAAGGGGGUACGUACGAACAGCAGUCCACCACAAAGUCUAUGACUUCAAACAUCUAAAAUGCGCAUAAACGAGCCAUUGCAUUAUAUAAACUAUUUAUUUCAUUACGUACCAGUGAUAGAGAAGAGCUGUUACAAAAGUAACAAAUGAGACAAUCCUGACAUUUAUCUGUGUGGUUUCUGUUUUUUGUUUUUUUUGCAGUGUUUAGUGCCCAUUAAAUGUUUAAUGUGGUGAAGUCAUGUUGCUGGGCUAGAUUGUUAUUUAAAUAACAAUGUGACUGGCUUCCUAACCCUUUGUGAAAUACAUAUUAAUAUUCAGUCAGUGGGAGUCGGUUCCUGUCACUGUAUGCCUCUAAGCCACAAAAAGCACAUGAUCACAUGCUCACCUCUAGCUCUGAGACUCGUUGUCUCGCUUUGUUCUCACCAUGACAAUCUCUGCAUGUUCUGCAAAGCUUAACAUUUCCUGCUACUUUCACCUGAUUUAAAAUUAAAAUAAAAACGUAGAAUUUAAAUCUGUCUCUACUGGAGCCAACACCCUGAUUUUGUUUGUACAAGGAUUUAGAGAAGCCAACGAUACAUACAUGGAAUUUAAAUACACUUUUUUAUUAAUCAAAGUAUUGCAGUGGUACCACAUGCUGCAAUCACUGGGUCAGGUGACCUCAAGAUAUGAUGGUGCAGUACAAUUGCCAAUAUGGUUGGUGGUACUGGCCACAAUGCUGAUUGAUUAACUUUAUCACUUUGCAUCAAAAGGAAGUGACUAGAAGUGACUGUCACGUGACCACGAUGCCUUAAACUUGAAAUUCACUUCGAAUUAAAUUAAAGGAACACUAUAUGGCUUGGAAUUCAAAUCUGUAUUCCUGACCCUAUAGUGUUAAAACUACCAUCUAGCCUCCCUGGCCCCUCCUUCCCUUUACUCCAGAAUCUUACCUUUACUCCAGUCUGCUGCUGCAAACUCUGCCCCUGAUCUUCCUGCUCUGCUGACAUCAUCAAAAGCCAUUCACAAUGAUUUCCCAUAGGAUUGGCUCAGAUUGUCAAGGAGGCAGAUCCAGCAUAAGUCAAACACAGCCCUGGCCAAUCAGCAUCUCCUCAUAUCCUCACUGAAUCAAUGCAUCUCUAUGAGGAAAGUUCAGUGUCUCCAUACAGAGGAUGGAGACACUGAAUGACAGUCACACUGUGCAGCACCUUCCCAGAAAGCACCUCUAGUAGACAUCUGAGGAGUGACCACUGGAGGUAUCCCUAGGCAGUAAUGUAAAUGUUGCAUAUUCUCUGAAAAGAUAGUGUUUACUGGAAAAAGCCUGAAGGGGACUGACUAUACUCAUUAGAACAAAUACAAUAAGCUGUAGUUGUUCUAGUGACUAUAAUGUCCCUUUAAGAAGAGAAUGGAGGAGGAAAUUCCAAACUUUGGGUUGAAAUAGCCGAAUUGUAAACUCCAUAUUCUCCACAAUUCCUUUUUUAGGGAACACAGUUUAAAAAUAACUUGCAGGUGAACUUUAAGAUAUUGUCACUUAUUUCUGUUAGAGCAAGAUUAAUCUCUGACUGUUCAUCAUUUGUGAUUAAAUUGUAGCAGUUCUAAAUUACUAGUUUCUGACUUUUAUUAUUUAUUUUUUUGUUUAAAAUAUCUUUUUAGUAUGAUUUAAAGAGAAGAGGAAAUACAGUGCGUUUUUAUGUAUUUGUGACAAGACAAUGCAUUUUAAGCUGAAAGCCACAAUCAAAUCACCAACAAAAAUACAUUAGUUAGAAGAAAAAAGUGGUCCAGGCACUCCAUCAAUUCGAGCAGCUUUAUUGGUCGUGAACAGACAUUGCAACAUUUCGGCCCACAACGGGCCCUUUGUCAAGCUUGACAAAGGCCCCUUUGUGGGCUGAAACUUUGCAAAGGCCCCAUUGUGGGCCAAAUUGUUGUAAUGUCUAUUCAUGUCCAAUAAAGCUGUUUGAAUUGAUGGAGUGCCUGAACCUCCCUUUAUUCUGACUAUAUGACAUUGAGGGAUUGCCAGCCCUUGUUCAAGAGCAUCCUAAUAUGGAUUAUAUGUGUGGCUUCCAUUUUUUAUUGUGGACUACAAAAAAAAUACAUUGGCACGUAAAGUAGGCCAGUACAGGUGAAUUCAUGACUUACGAUCAUGUUAGGAAGGAGUGCACUGCUUGUACCUGUUUUACUUACCAUUAUCAGAGGAACAUAGUUAUUUUAAUGGCUAUCCAAUAAUGAUGAAACAUCAAAGUUUUGGGAUGUUUGUAAUCUACACAGUAAAGAUACACUAAAUGCAACAGAGAACCUUUAAAAUGUUGUUCCUAUAGUAAUACUGUUUGCUACUUUACAUUAUGAAAUCUGGGCUGACCAGUAAGUUUAAACAAUGGAGAGUCUCACUGUUCUAUUCCUCCUUAAUUUGCAGUUUUGCUGUAUGUGAGAAGGGAAACUGAAGAAGUAUUUGACGCACUCAUGCUCAAAGCACCAACCCUGAAAGGUCUAAUGGAAGCUGUAAGUACUACACUAUAUUAGUUAUCUUUUUUUAUGACUUCUCUCAGUUGACCUAACCUAUUGCACUUGGCAUGCCAUAUCCUCUGUUUGCUACUAUAAUUCCUGGUAAAUAAAACAAACUUACAGUUAGUCCUAAAAUAACAAAGUAUGUGAGGGGUGAAUAUAACGCACGCGCACACAGAUAUGGUGGGUCAUAGUCCAGUUCUCCUGGCAAUACGUAUUUGAAAAAGCACCAUAAACCACACAUUAAAAUGUUGAGCAUUUUUUGUGAAUUGAGCAACACUAUCACAGUUAGACACACAACAUUUUUAAAUUGUCAUUAGUUGACUAGUUAUGCCGAUGUUUUGGAUUAAGACUUUAUAGAGGCCAGAGAGAACACACACAAGGUGAAUUUUUUUUUUAUUUAUUUUUUUUUUAUUUAUUUGCGGUGUAAAUCUAUAAUCCAAGGCGGCGUGGUAUCCGCUCAGUGAGCAUGAUCUAAUGCACCAAUUUAGCUUACUACACUCUUAACUGGCACCACAGAGAUGGGUAGAACAUUUAAAAAUACCUAUAAUUUGGGGCUAUUUGGACACCAUUUUCAUGGUGUUUUUUCCAUUGAACUGUAUUUUGGCUUAGUUUCAAGGUGGCCAUAGUGGGUUUACACCCUGAAAUCAUAGACUAUGCUAAGAUUAGACUUGUGUACAAAUUAUUUUCACCUGUGAUGAAAGAAUUAAAUUCCUGUUAUUCUAUGUCCAAACAAAUCCGUCCAUACGCAAUUUGUAAAACUGUUCAAUUCGUUCAGGUAUAGAUUAACAAGAAUUUGACUAAUUUGUCACUGGUGAAAAGGAUUUGUACAUUUUUGUUAACAAAUUCUAGUUAUGUUGAUUAUUCUUUACAAUUCUAAUCUUGGAAAUAUGAACGUAAUGCAACACAUGAUGAAUCACUUUGAUAAUUUACACCAAUCAUUGUAGAGCACCAACUUUCUUGUUUUAAGUAGCUAACAAAAAUGUAAAACUAGGCUAUGUUGGUUAUGAUUUGUAAAGGUUUGCGACUACAAAGUCAACUUUAGUGAUAUUUUUACAAUCUUAAAUCAACCUUGCAGGGCAACAGCUCAAGAUUAAUGACUGGGGAAGACCAACACAUAAAAUACAUUGUCAGACUAACCUUUAAUUUUUUAAUUGUCAUUUUUAUCUUUUUGUAGAUAUCUGAGAAAUACGAAGUUCCUCUUGAAAAAAUUGGAAAGAUCUUUAAGAAAUGUAAAAAAGGGUAAGUAUUACUUUUUUCCCAACUCUUUUUUCCAAGACCUUAAAUGAACUUGAUAAAACAAUCUCUUUAAGCAGAAUAUCUGUAUUUGUGCUACUCAAAAACUCAAAUUUUCACUUUGUAGAUAAGUGUGUGUGUGGUUUUUUUUUUUUGUCUCACAAACUGAAUGCCCCUGUACAUAGGAGUGUAGACACAUGUAAGGGUGUUCCCAUGAACUUCUUAGCGCCUGCUAAUUAGAUUUAUAAGAACGGUCCCUGCCCCUGUUUACACCCUUAUUAUGUUAAAUAUUCUCCUACUCCAAAUUAUAGCUUUUCACUUGGGCCGUUGCGUUAAACCUGCCAUCAUUUAGUUUUCGAUCAGUGCUAUGGGUUCCAUUCGAUUGAAUCAACCAUUUUUAAUAAUUUCUGGGAACCUUCCUUUUAAAAUCCAGAAUGGAUUCAAGUUGGACAGUUCUGAGUGGGAUAGUCUUACCUAUUGUUUUUGGUUUAUUUCCAUAGAAUUUUUUGAUUUUGUACAUUAGUGACAUUUAAAGUGAUUUUAGCUACGUCAAUAAAAGCACAUGCUAAUAUUAUUUUGCUGGGUAAAUAAUGGGAAAAUAUUUCCACCAUUUUUUUUAUUAUAUACGGUUUUGCGCUCCUUCUGCCUUGCAGACUGGAUUGGGUUGUUUGCUGUUGUUCUUGGCAUGUGCUGCCUAUCAGCAGGCUCCCAGCUGAGUAAUAUGACUUCUGACAUUCCCUUACUGCUAAUGCAGUAAACGUGAGGUUUGUUGUGCUGUAAAAUCUGUACAGGUGACCUAGCCAGAGUCAAUCUGUAGAAUCCGUAUAGAAAUGAGGUAUUCACUGUAAGUUACAGUGAUUGGCAGAUUGUUUUGGACCAUGCUUCACCCUUUAUCUAGGAUGCUUUCUGCUAUAUAUAAAAUAGCAUCCACCAUAAAAAAAGCACAUGCAGUUUUAUGCUCUUGCGAGAUAGUGUCUUUGUGUUUUAACUUUGUUUUUGCUUCUAUUAACAAUGGUGGUGAAUUUUUAAAGGGAAAAAACUCUUAUUUUACGGGCACAGUUUUUAUAAUUUCCUCCUUUUGCAAUGGUCUCUCCGCAGAAUCCUUGUUAACAUGGAUGACAACAUAAUCAAACAUUACUCCAAUGAAGACACAUUCCAGCUCCAGAUUGAGGAGACAGGAGGUUCCUACAAGCUCACACUCACAGAAAUUUAAAAAUACAGCGAUUUGCCAAAAAGAACUUUACAGGAAGACUUCACAUUUCCAGCUUGUUCUGCAAGUUUAUAGGUCAACAAUCUUCGGUGUAACCAGAUCUUAGAUACUUUUUCUGGAGCCAAGCUUUCCUGCUGGGAGGAAUGUUACCCACAUGACCAAGCAUUAGAGUUGUGGUUAUACUGCAUAUUCUCAUUCUGGUGGACAUUCCUUGCAGAAGAUAAAAUGGAAUCCUUGUUCAGCUAUACCAUCUCUGAAAUGCAUUGCAGGUCCCCGCGGCAGAGCUGAAAAUCCAAUUCAGUAACGGAAAAAUCUACAAACACAAAUAUAAUUAUCAGCGUACUGUGUUUUCCGAAAUGUUUUACUGGACACCUGUGCCAUAAAGAUCCACCUUCCUUGUCUAGGAAACUUGCGAGGGGAAUGGGGGGGGGGCUGCAAUGUCUCAAAAGGGGAUAUCCCUAAAUGAUAAACGGACACUUAAAAACUGAUUAACGUGAAGAACUUCACCGACAUUUAAAAAAAAAAAAAAAAACUAAAUAUAUAUAAAUAAAAUACAAAAAGGAAACAUGGAUUCUGUGACAGAAUCCAGUGCCCAAAAAGCUGCAUUGUGUAUAUAAAGUGCAAUAUAUUUUGUAGUGUUGUUUUUCUUUGUAAAUGUGUACAUACACAAGCACAUAUAUAAUAUAUAGUGUUCCAGAAUAUGUAUUAAUAUGGUCAUUUUUGUUUUUAGUUUAGAGAAUGAUGCCAAACAAGUUUCUACCAGCCAGGCUACAAUGACACUUUUUAAAAACCUUAGAAUUGUAUUCGAGAGAAAAAUAUAUGUAUGAUACUGUGCCUGUAUUAUUAAGUGCCUUUUUUUUUUUCUUUUUUUUUUUUUAUUAUUUUUAUUUUUUUACUGGAGUGAGAUUUGUUAUGUUUGGGGGGGAUAUAAGGUUAUGUCUCCUUUAUACCUCCAUUUGUUUUUUUUCUUGAUAAAACAGUUUCUAAAGGGAAUGGACUUAGAUGAUUGAGACCAUAGUGCUGCGGCGUCGUUAGCUGUUACUAACCUUCCUCUAUAGGAAGGAGUCCUCAUCAAUUUCCAUUUAAAAAAAAAAAAAGUGCCUGCUCAUAAUGAUCACUUCCUGCUACAGUGUAUUCUGGGAAAUAGUUUUUAUGAAAUUUUUAUAGAAUUUUUUUUUUUUUGUUUGUUUUUUUUCAAUUUACAAUGGAAUGAAUAUAAGAGUAAAAUAUCUUCAUAUCCAUGACAAUGCAAAAUAUGUUGCACUAAUGUUAGAGAAAGGAGGAAAAAAGACAAAUAGAAGUAUAGAUGUAGAGAAGAAAAGUUGUUGGAGAGGAUAGAAACUUUGUCCAACACAAUUUAUUUUCUUUAAAAACUAUUAAUGGGGGUUUAACUAUAUACUUGGCCAUUUAAAUUUCCUUGGCCUCACCAGUAUAUAGAGACAAAGGGAGUAAAGUAAAGAUCUAUUGGCAUUAAAUCUUUUACUGCAUGAAUGUGAUUUUAUUUAAGGGAUGAUUUGUGUAAACCAGGAGUAGCCCAUUCCUGUGACUGCGUUAAACCUACAAUUACUAGGAGUCUUAGCAAAGUCUAACUCAAACAUGGAUGCUGCAUUGCAAUAAUCCUUUUAGAAGACUGUUCACCUUUUGGAAAUCUUUCAUUUGACCGAUGAUGCACAAGAGGUUAGCUAUCAUUGUCAUUUUUUGCUCUUUGGCCAUUCAUAUCUUAAGCGAACUGAUACCAUCUUAUGAAAUGUCAUGGUUUAAUGUCAUUGUCAACAGACCUAUAGUAAAUUUGAAGGGAGGAGAGAAGGAAUUACUGACAGUUUAUUAUCCUCUCUAAGAAAAUUGGCCACGUAAUCACAAUUAAAUGGUUAUACGGCCAUUUUGUGCGGAGUCUGUUUUUACAUUUUUUUGUUUAAGAUAGAUUGUUACUACUGAUGUUACUAUUACUACUGAUAAUGUUGAGUUGAGUUGUUACCAAUUCAUUACCGGGGCUUCCACCAAUUUUUUUAAAAUAUUUUGUUAACGGACGAUGUACAAAUUCUGGAACUUUUUUUUGUAUAUAUGUUUUUGGUUAAUUUUUAAUGUAUGUUUAUAUUGUAUUCAACAGAGGAAUAGGGAAAAGGGUGUUUUUUUUUUUUUUUUUUUUUUUUUUUUACAGCUUCAGGGAUAUAAUUUAAGAAUCCACUGUACAAAUUUAAUUAUUUUUACGUUUUUGUAUAUGUGCUACAGCAUGGUAAAACGAUCAAGGCUGUGAUGGUCAAAUCCAGACAGUGUAUGAAGUUAGUAUAUUAAGUUUUAUAUCUUAAAUAAGGCAUCAUUCCACACUGAAAUACUUUUCUGUAUUCUACUUUACAAAAUAUAAAACUUUUUUUAUAUAUGA